AGUAUCGCCAACGUUAGUUUUUUAUUUUUUAAUUAAUUGGUGGAGCCAGUUAUUAUUAUUAUAAUUAUCAGUUGUGAUAAACAAUGGCGCGUGACGUCUCCGUCGGUGUGGCCAGAGGGGACAUGACGUCGACCGUUAGCAUCGAUUUAGCUUUUUUCUCUGAGUAGCGUCACCAUGGAUGGAGGGUGUCCCGGGCUCAGAAAAAAGACAUCUGACUCUUGUGGAGAGAUGGACGAAACGAACACCGCCCCAGCGGCUUUUAGCAUGAACCAAUACAGUGCAGUGGUUCUCCCUAUAGUCUCUGGGAGUCAGACUCUCACGUGGGUGCACUCGAACCAGAUCGACCUACAGCUGGAUGGGGCAGCCGAGCUGGACAAGGCCUUUGACAGCUUCCCGUACCUAACGCGGAAACAGACAGCCAGGCUGGCGCAGCGCUGCUCCCUUCACCAGGACGAGGUCAAGGUGUGGUUCAUGGUUCAGAGGCUCCGCUAUGGCAUUAGCUGGGAAUAUGAGGACAUCCAAGAGGUACGGAGGAAGUUCAAGUCUAGUCUGGGACAGGCUCGGGGAAAGGAAGAGCGGCAAAACGGGAUGGGGGGAGUGGCAACAGUGGACGGAAGAGAGGAGAAGGAACAGAAGAGAGAGGUAAAAGAAUUUGGUGGGAAGAAGGCUGGAAAGGUCAGGGAGGAACGGAGCGCAAAUGUGGGAGGGGCGACGGGAGAUGGUGUGCGACUUGAGCGACCAAUGAGCACAGAGAAGGACAGAGGGAACACUCAUAAAAAGCGUAAAAGGAUGGCAGUGACAGACGAGAUGGGAAAGAAGAAGAUCAAGCAAGACGAUGAGGAUAUCGCAGUGAGAGCCAGAGAAGCAGAAAUAGGAAGUGUUCAAGUUAAGAGGGAGGGGAAGUGGUCAAUCAAGUCAGAGACGAAGCGUUUCACUCGAGAGAACAGGGCAAUGAUGAAGCUGGCUUUCUGCGACUACCAGUAUCCAAGCGACGAGGACUACGCCCGCCUGACGGCGGCGAUCGGCAUCCCUCGCCACAUGCUGGUGCAGUGGUUCGCCGACAUGCGCUACUACGUCAAGAAGGCGAAGCCCGGCUGGAUGGAUCGUGAGCAGCACGGCCAGGCGCUGGCCAACAUCAGGUGCCAGCAAUACCUGAACAUGCAGGCGAAGGCACAGCUGAGGCAGGGCAGGGGAGAGGUGGCAAGAAGGAGGAUCUCCAGAUUAGAAACGAUGAAAAAAAAACUUGACAUUUAGCAAAGAUGCUUCAGAAGCGGAUUUGAUAUGUUUUGUGUGUUUUCGGUUUCUU